AUGAACCAACUCCAUCACGACAAGCACUAUUCGGUGAGGUUGCCGGAUUGGGAGCUUCGCAAAGCCAUGCCGGUCCAAACUUCAUCCAAAGUCUCCAACAACCUGGCUGGGCAUGAAUAUCUGGCGUCGCAAAUGACACCCGUAACCUUGGUGGAAGAUUGUUCCCUCCUCAGCGCCAAGCCACCUCCAAAUUUCACCCAACCAAGAGAAAAUCUCGACGUCAUCCAGGAGAACGCCAUGCCCGAGACAUGUAGCCUCAAUUUUGGACAGGAGCCUGUGCUGUCAGCCGCUACUAAUGAGAUGGUGGAUGAUGACUUGGCUGUCUGUAGCCCAACAGCACUCGGCUUUUCCCUGAAUGAAAAGAUUUGGAAUGAGAUCCAUACCGGCGACUCAGUGACCGUAACCAGACUAACACGCACGGCUGGUCUAGGGGAAUUUGCUGUGGAGGUUGAGAAGAAGGUCAUCAAAUCUUGGAGAGCCGUGUCAGCGCGACAAAUGGAGAAGGCUUCGAUGAUGUCAUUUCCGGGAAAGGGCCAGGGUGUGAUUAUCCUUUUCGGCCCGCCAGGAGUGGGGGAAACGCUUACGGCAGAGGCCAUUACCGAACGACUUGAACGGCCACUCUACUCAAUAUGUUUCUAUCAUCUGAAAUGGUUCCUGACUGUUAACCAUUUUCAGAUCUCCUCUGUCGACUUAAGUGCGAGAGCUGAGGAAAUGGAAGUCCAGCUUACUCGUACCUUCUGCAUAGCUAGUGACUGGAAGGCGGCCCUGCUACUAGAUGAGGCUGAUGUGUAUCUGCAACAACGAGAUGGUCUGCAGCUGGAACGAUUAAUGCAGAACUGA